AACGGACGCAUUUUCGUUGCUAAGCGAUGAACCUUCAACAGACGCUGACGGACCUUUUCAGCAAGCGCAAAGCCCUGAAAGACCGGUUACAGCGCGAGCUCCAGAAGUACCAAGCUAAAAAAGUCGAACUUGGACAAGACUUAGACGAAUAUGACCAGGCGGCCACAGAAAUAAUAGCAGUUCUGACGAUUGCGGUGCAGCAGCUUCAGGGGAAGAGCGAAUCUCAAGAGCUCCAUGAAUGCCUAGAAAAAAUGGAGUUUCUGCGCAGCAGCCAUAGUAAAUCGCAUCAGAGCCUGGAACAGGUCUGCAGCAUGGUCGGCAACCUCAUCUCCCUCGUGGUCGAGCUGGACGCUGAGCAGUUUGACAUGCUGCACCAUGAGCUGCGGAAGCAAAUCGUGCUGUCGGGAACACGGGACCAUGUCACCGAGAUUAGGCUUUUCGCCUAUUAUGACAUGGUCGACCGCGACCCUGCAUUGAAGCAAAAGUACUCGUCGCUCUCCACCUUCCUUGAUGCCCUGCAUCAGGAGUGCACUGAUUUUGUCAACGGGCGCAUUCGGAUGCGGCCAUUGAACUCGGUGUUUGGGGAGGCAGUUCAGCGCCUCGGGCUCAGCAACACGGAGUGGCAGCUGCUUAAGACACUCAACAAGGACAGCUUGGCAUUGUUCCACAAGAAGUUUACGAUGGAGGAGCUAGAGACCGAGGUCUUCCCAGCAGACCUCGAGCCAUGCCGAGGAGCCCUCAUGAGGGCAGCUCACAUGGUUAACGAGCGGCGCAAUGCCAUGGCUGCUGGGCCCCAGGCACCCUCGGAUGAUGAUAACUGGGCCCAGGACUGCAUUAGCAUGAGCCUGCCCACUGCAAGACACCCUGUAGCCUGCAAGCGCAAGCCAUAG